AUGAAACCAAGCAGCGCAGAGUCGGUCAGAUCAGAGGAACACAGACACACCGCACCGGGAGCCGCGCGAGCCCCGCACGAGCCCCGCACAGCGCGCCCCGAGAAGAGAUGCUCCCGUCCCUGGGCCCGACAUAGACAUCACCCCGGGGCGCAAGCAGCAGAACAAAAUGGCCCCGAACUCCAUCCACUGGUUCCGGAAGGGCCUCCGUCUCCACGACAACCCGGCGCUGCGCGAAGCGGUCCGGGGAGCGGGCACAGUGCGCUGCGUCUACUUCCUGGACCCCUGGUUCGCCGGAUCCUCCAAUGUGGGCGUCAACCGCUGGAGGUUUCUCCUCCAGUGUCUGGAGGACCUGGACGCCAGCCUCCGGAAGCUCAACUCCCGCCUGUUUGUCAUCAGAGGCCAACCAGCCAACGUGUUCCCACGGCUUUUCAAGGAAUGGAAGAUCUCUCGGCUGACCUUCGAGUACGAUUCGGAGCCGUUCGGGAAGGAGCGAGACGCUGCCAUCAAGAAACUGGCCAUGGAGGCCGGGGUGGAGGUCAUCGUCAAGAUAUCGCAUACUCUCUAUGACCUGGACAAGAUCAUCGAGCUGAACGGCGGACAGCCGCCUCUCACCUACAAGCGUUUCCAGACGCUCAUCAGUCGGCUGGAUCCCCCGGAGAUGCCGGCAGAGACGCUGUCAGACAUGCUGAUGGGCCGCUGUGUCACCCCCGUCUCCGAAGACCACGGAGACAAGUAUGGAGUCCCGUCCCUGGAAGAGCUGGGCUUCGACACGGAGGGCCUGCCGACAGCCGUGUGGCCGGGAGGAGAGACCGAGGCUCUGACCAGGAUAGAGCGCCAUCUGGAGAGGAAGGCGUGGGUGGCGAACUUCGAGCGUCCCAGGAUGAACGCCAACUCGCUGCUGGCCAGCCCCACCGGCCUCAGCCCCUACCUGCGCUUCGGCUGCCUCUCCUGCCGCCUCUUCUACUUCAAGCUCACCGACCUCUACCGCAAGGUGAAAAAGAACAGCUCUCCUCCGCUCUCCCUGUACGGCCAGCUGCUGUGGCGCGAGUUCUUCUACACGGCGGCGACCAACAACCCGCGCUUCGACAAGAUGGAAGGGAACCCCAUCUGCGUCCGCAUCCCCUGGGACAAGAACCCGGAGGCGUUCGCCAAGUGGGCCGAGGCCAAGACGGGCUUCCCCUGGAUCGACGCCAUCAUGACUCAGCUCCGGCAGGAGGGCUGGAUCCACCACCUGGCGCGGCACGCCGUGGCCUGCUUCCUCACCAGGGGCGACCUGUGGAUCAGCUGGGAGGAAGGCAUGAAGGUGUUCGAGGAGCUGCUCCUGGACGCAGACUGGAGUGUGAACGCAGGCAGCUGGAUGUGGCUGUCCUGCAGUUCAUUCUUCCAGCAGUUUUUCCACUGCUACUGCCCCGUGGGCUUCGGCCGGCGCACCGACCCCAACGGGGACUUCAUCAGACGAUACUUACCUAUCCUCCGAGGUUUCCCUGCUAAGUAUAUCUACGACCCGUGGAAUGCCCCCGAGUCCGUGCAGGCGGCCGCCAAGUGCAUCAUUGGCGUGCACUACCCCAAGCCCAUGGUGCACCACGCGGAGGCCAGCCGGCUCAACAUCGAGAGGAUGAAGCAGAUCUACCAGCAGCUGAGCCGCUACCGAGGCCUGGGCCUGCUGGCCUCGGUGCCGUCCACCAACGGGAACGGCAACGGAGGAAUGAUGGCGUACUCUCCCGGAGAGCAGCAGCCAGGGACCAACAACAAUUCACAUUUGCCUGCAGUGUCGGGGAACUCGGUUGCUACUAGUAACGGCAGCGGGAGCAUCCUCCUCAACUUUGACAGUGAAGAGCAGACCAGGCCGAGCGACGUCGGACGUCUGCAGCCGCUGCCUCAGCAGCAGCAGCAGCAGCAGCAUGGAUACCACUCAGUGCCAGACACCAGCCAGACCAUCACCAGCAGCCGACUGUACCACGAGUUCGCCGUGCCUCAACACCCAGGACUGUUCCUGCACGGCAGAGGCGGCAUCACCGGGAAGAGGGAGCGCGAGUCGGAACGAGACGGCUCGGCGGAGGAGGACCCGGCGUCGUGCUCGCUGCACAAGAUGCAGAGGCAGAGCGCAGAGACGACCUAGACCUGGUGCGGGUGAGAACAUCCAGAACCCCGUUGGAGUCACGGUCCAGCCAGCAGAUGUUCUCCACAAACACACACACGCACACACACCUCCACCUCCACACACACCACUCGCUCUGCCGGGUUUCAGCCAGAAAGCCUCCCGGGGGCCAAACACAAAGGUGAAAAUGUGACUUCUUUCUUUUUUCAGUCUCCAUCAAAAACGAAACGCCUCAAUUUUUAAAGCUCAACGAAUGCCGGUUUGUAAAAAGAAAAAAAAAAGAUUCUAAUCCAACUGCGAUGUCUUAAAGCGCUGCUGCCACCAGCCGUGAUCCUCCAUCUGAAGCAGCUGCAGAUGUAAAUACUGGGAUAUUUUAUGUGUUUUUAAAGCUCCAUCAGUCACACCGUUUGUCCGCGCAUCCAAAUUUUAAAAAGAAAUCAUUUUUUUUUCUAUUUUUAUUACAAAUACGAAGACUUUUAGAGAAAAUUGCAGUAAGACGGUGGAAACGCAGCCAGAAACACAAUUUCUGUUUAAAAAAAGGUCCAAAACAGCAGGUUCAUAAACCAUCACAUGCAUGUAAAUACGCUCAGCCCCCAGAACGGAUUCCAUCGCUUCACUCGGCGUCUUUCCUGCGGUUUGACGGCAGUCACAUGGUCCAAAGCGUCCGCCCUGCUCACGAGGAACGCCACGUUUCGCUGUUGAUCUCAUGGGAACAGGAAGCGCAGCCCGUCUGCAGCGCUGCCAGCUGGGAAACGCAGAGAUGAGGGCUUGUAGAGCACAUCUCUGAACCGCCGGCGCCGUCUUCAGCGUCGACGGGCCGACGCUUGGCGGCUCACCUGGCGCCGCUGCCGGCUCCUCACUCGACUCGUAUCGGCAGCUAAAAACAGCGAGCAACGUUUUUCUCAAGACGCGUUACAAUAGUUUUCUUCUUGGAAGUGUCAGACCAGUUUCCAGUCUCGGUCUAUAAAACAUGUUUACAAUGUUUCUCGUCGCUCGGAGACGUUCAGUCAACAACUGCCUUUCAGAGCGUGGCAUUAUGGGUAAAGGAGUUUUUUUUUGUACAGCUGUUUUUGUGUCGCCGGCGAUUCGUUGCAGCUCCCCGGCGUUUCCGGUGUUUUCCACCUGUGAACGCAGUCCGGCCCCCGCUGGAGUCCAGAGCUCAGUCACAUCUUCACCUUCUCUGUUUCCCCCGCCGAGCUCGUCGCUUCGCGUUUCGCCUGUAAAAGUGUGGAAACAAGUCUGUGAGGCAUCCUGUGGCGUUGGAAAUGUAUUUUGCUGUGCAUAAAAGACAUUCAACAAACCAAAAACAAAGAAAAAAAAAAACCACAAGAUGAGGCAGAGGGAGGCAUCUGGAGCCCGGCAGAGCGCCGAGGAGUUCAUGUUUUUCUAAACUUUCUUAUAAUAACAAAAAAGAACAAAAAACUUACGAAGCAAACAGGAAAGAAAAGCAUUUGAGUUCAGCGGUGACGAGAGGAAACGAGCCCGGCCGUCACCGACAGCCCUCACAAACAUGAAGGAUUUUCUUCAGCUGUGCAAAGAGUUGGCGAGUGUUCAUCGAUUGGCCGCUCCGCCGCGCCCCGUUUCCACGACGACCACGAUGCGUCAGCCAAAACAAACCUCCUCCACAUGGCAACCAGCGCAGGAACGGCUACAGCGAAGUGACACUCACCCCCGUUUCCACGGAGACGGAUUCGGAGUGUGUUUUUUCAAAGUUACAUUCACUCCCGUUUCCAUGGAGACGGAGCGAUUUCAGAAAGUCGCCUUUUUCCAUGGCUCAUCAGCACAACGCAGCGGGAGUCCACGGAGCCGUCGUGGGGCAAACGGGGUCGGAGGUCAGACGUCCGGACUUUGGAUCGAGUCCCAACAUGGCGGAAACGGGAAGCUGGUGUCUUACUGAGGUUCUCUUCACCAUCAGGAAAGGAGCCGAUCAGCCAGAGAAUGUACGAUCCCUGUAAAAUAUGUACAAAGAGAGACAAAGACAGAUCUAUCAGCAGAGAUAUCAAACACGCCAAAACACUUUACUGCAGUUUGCUCCACUUUGAUGGGUCGUUUCAACGACGCGGAGCUGCUGCAGCCUCCGUCAGCGCGCACACACACACACACACACACACACACACGCACACACGCGCACACAGCGUUAGACAGGAGUGAAGGUGGAGGUUUGCCAGCUGCCCUCCAGCCCCGACCUGCAGUGAAACAGCAGCGCCCCCUUCUGUUGAAGCACACCAUAGCAGUUCACACACUUUCUUGGCUCAAAAUGCAGCUUUUCGAGUGUACUUGGUCAACCGCAGUGUUUUUUGUUUUUUUUUUGUUUUUUUUUUUUUUUUUUACCUUUUCAGGGCAAAUAGGAAUUGAAGUAAAGGAAGAAGAAAAGGCAGGUUAUCUUCCCAUCUGUGGCGCUGCAGCACAAACCCUGAAGUUCAACUAAUGUUGAGUUUAUAUUGACUGUUGAUCUUCUUGGUGUCGUUGGCUCGCUCUCCAUCCCGUUCACACUAUUUAAUUCAGAGCUAUACUGAAACAUCAGCGGUGAUGAACCGGCUUCAGUCCAAAUCCUCUGAAAGCAGCGUUUUUAACUCCAGCAGCGAUAUGUUGCAUUCACAGGCCCACUUCACGGUGGGAAAUUACAGCUGGAACACACUUUUCCCUUCACUAAGUGACUCUUUCAGAGCAGAAAUUCAGGUUUUGGGAAAAUUAAAACACCGACUCUGACGGUUUGAGUAAAUGUGUUCUAAAUUCAUCAGAACCUGCAGAUCGGAGCUGCCGGCGGUGGCCUGCUCUCCUCCAGAACGUUCCGCUUGGCGUGUUGCCGUAACGAUUCGUGUCUGUGUACAGUUGUUGAUAUUCGUCGAUCUGUGAUCGUGCGGCCGGCCUUCAGGACGAGGCCGUGAAGCGGAGUGGAGGUACAAGGUAUUGAAGUGUUUCUGUAAAAUAAUCCUGUAUGUUCUCGACAUCGUUAGGGUUUCUUUUCCUUUAUUUUGUAGCUUUUCUCUUUAUGGAAAAACCAGUCGAACCAAGUUUGUAUUCUCGCUUUAUUUUUCAUUUUGUUGGAAAGCCAUCUGUAAUAUUCCGCUCUUUUUUUCCGUCUCUCCCUGUGUUGUGAAAAGCUUUUUUCUCGUGAUCAAGUUUAUGAAAGGAAAUUAAAAUUGUGACAAACCGA